AUGAGGCUGCUGCUGACGGCUUUGCUGACUGGGCUGGUGUUUUGUUUCGACGGAGAGGAAUUGUUGUUGGAAAGUAAGGGUGAAUUUUCCAAUUUAUGAUGACUUAUUAUCAUCGCAUUACUACUAUCUGCUUGUUGAAGAAGAUGUGACACUUUUUGCAUGAAUUUUGACAUAAAAACUUUUGUAUCAAUUUCUACCGUCGAGGGUAACGUUUCCACGAAAAAUCAACCUUUUCCGCACGAAUCUAGCAAAGAUACGAGCGAAAAGGGAUUAUAUCUCUGCUCGUACUCCGCCGCACUCUCUCAGCCGCAAAGUUAUAUAGUUGAAUAUCUCGGCUGCCAUUGUAAAGCGUGAGCUAAAAUUUUCAGGAAUUCCUAUGUGACAUAGGCGUGCAUAAAAAUGUUUUGAAAAUCACAUGUCUUCCCUUAUAAAUCAAGCAUUUUUUUUGGCCGUCGUCCGGUUGCAGAAACAGAAGCAGUUUUAAAAAAAUAUCUUGUCAACUUUAAUGCGUUUUGCAAAACAUCAAACCGACAAAUAUGAGCAAAAAUUAAAGUUUCUCCUUCAAAAAAAAAAUUUUUUUUUUGCUCUUUUCACUGAUAACACUCCACACUCACAACACAUUUUUUAGAGAUCAAUGAAGACCCGCUGAAUGCCUUUUCCGUUGAGACCUUCCCCAGGCCGAGAUUGGGGCUGAACCUUCAUACCGGCGACCGUUUGCCGCGCGAAGUUACGGUCCACUCGUACGACAUCCUCCUGGAGCUUUUCUUCAACUUCAAGGGAUUCGAUUACAACAAGGGUGCGCUACUAUUAUUAAAAGUGCAUAUCAGUCUGUCGGGAAAAUAAUGAGCACUUGUUCACAUUGAGUGGUGCGAUUUUCGAUGCGACAGAGUGCUCAUUAUUUUCCCAACAGACUGAAAGCAUAGACACUUUACAGUAUUUCCAACCCUAUUUCAGCCCUUCGAAACACAUUCAAUGGCCAAGUUUCGAUCGUAUUUUCGGUCCUCAACAACACAAAUCAAGUCGAGUUGGCAUCGGCAGUGAAGCUACAGACCAGCAAGCUGUCUGAAGGCAGACGGGCUAUCAAAAUUGAGAAGUUGGAACCAACUUCAGCCCAGCAUUUGAUCGUCCAUUCGGCCGAAAAACUCGUGCCCGGAAAGAAUUACACUCUGGCCUUCAAGUACGAUAGCAAGAUGAGCGGCGCCUACAGAGGUGGCGUCUAUUAUUAUGAAUAUGCUGAUACGUAAGUUCGAAGCGCCAUUGACAUCGGCGAUGUCUUUCCGGCUUUUAGUCGAACAAGGGAAGUUUUACAAGUGCGACGGGCCGGCCCAUACUCGCGGGCAGCUAGAAUAGAGAGUAAUCAAACCUUUCGUGCCGAAACUCGCAAAAAAAAACUGCCAUUUUUAUCAAAAUCUUAUCUAAAAAAAUGUCCAAGGCACGGGCUAGUGGUCCUCUCAGAAAACAAUAAUCUAAAUUUUUGCCAAGUUUCAUGAAAAUCUGAGCGUCGCACGUCAAACUGAGAUAAGCUAAGACAGUCCGGUGAGUGGACUGGCAAUUUGCCCAAAAAAGACAUAAAAAACGUUUCGUCGAGGAAGAAAUGGGGAAUUUUUGGAGCGAGAGAGCACGUUUUUGCGCGUCUUUUCUCUGUCUUCUCUGCGAAAUCAAGACGAAGUGUAAAAAACCGAUAGCGAAGAGUCUAUUCCGGUCACCGGACUCCUCAGUUUGGCGUGCGGCGCACUUGGUAUAUCAUACUUCCCCUGUUAGUUACUCUCGCGGGAAAUAAUCCUUCUACUGAGAACGAAAAAAUGCAGAAAAGAAAAAGUUAUGGGAAAAAAUUGUUUCUCAUCGUCAAUAGCCGACUCUUCAAUUUCGCAUGCUUUCUCUUUAUGAAAUAUCUCGGGAAAGCGCGAGCUCAAACUUUUAGGAAUUGAUAUGUGGCCCAUGCCUUUUGAAAAAGCAAAAUUUUAGAAACCUUUAAAACGGAUUUUUUUACAAAGUGAAGCAUGGCCCGGACAUUGUUGCGGUGACAAUCACCGAAUUUCUUCAGAUUUGGCUCAUAGAAGACCCACAGGGCGUACAUCGAAAGUGUCAAACGUUUUUGCGAAAUUUGCAUUGUUCGAGGAUUACUGUAACAUUUUGUGUUUUGUAAAGUUUCUAUUGUGAUGGGCUGAGGGAUGGAGCGUUGCGGAUGAAACUUACCGACUGGAUGUUUUCGACCAUGGCCAACAUUUUCCUAAUUGAAAUGUUUUUUGUAUCUCUUCAUCUUUUGGUAGUACCGUAACCCUCAACAUACCAUAUCGAUUACUGCCAAAAAUUGGGAAAAGUGUAACCAGUUUUUAAGCUUGAUUAUAAAGGUUGGACACACUCUCCGUAAAAUAAGACCAAAAAAUCCAAAAUAAAAAUAUAAGUUUUUGAGAUAUACGCGUUCAAAGUUGCUAUGUUCGGUUACUGUAAGACCAAAAUGGAGAUGAUGAAUUUUCAAACGGUACCAUUGAUUGCCACGCCUCACCCAUUAAUAGACUAGCCUGAGAAAAAUAUUUUCAGAUCAAGAAAUAAAUAUUUGAGGCUUUAUUUCAGGCUUUAUACGAUGGUUACUGUAGUUUCUAACUUUUGUCAAUUUCGCUAACCAUUUUUUUCAAAUGACGCAUUUAGACCAGCUAUCCCAUUGAGAAAUGUGUGUACAACGUAAAAAUCAAAAAAUCAAGGUUAUAGUACUAUCAAUUCUUGAAAUAAAGGGAGAUUACGGUAGCCGUAUCCGCUUUUUUCGCUGUUUGGCCGCGGCAUUCUUUGGAGAUGCUAGUGUAAACAGAUUUGAGACUGGAAAUUCACUCAGAAUGGAUAGAGGAGUAUUUUAGCAAAAAAUCGCGAAAAUAAAAAUAUAAGUUUUUGAGAAAAUCCGGGAUUACGGUCAUUUUGGAGGGUUUUUGGGCUGUUUGGUCGCGGCAUUCUAUGGAGAUGCUAGUGUAACCAAAUUUGAGACUGGAAAUUCACUCAGAAUGGAUAGAGGAGUAUUUUAGCAAAAAAUCGCGAAAAUAAAAAUAUAAGUUUUUGAGAAAAUCCGGGAUUACGGUCAUUUUGGAGGGUUUUUGGGCUGUUUGGUCGCGGCAUUCUUUGGAGAUGCUAGUGUAACCAAAUUUGAGACUGGAAAUUCACUCAGAAUGGAUAGAGGAGUAUUUUAGCAAAAAAUCGCGAAAAUAAAAAUAUAAGUUUUUGAGAAAAUCCGGGAUUACGGUCAUUUUGGAGGGUUUUUGGGCUGUUUGGUCGCGGCAUUCAAGUUUUUGAGAAAUUUCGAAAUUACGGUGAUUUUAGGGGAUUUCCUGUCCGAAAUUACCGUAAUCCGGGAUUUUCUCAAAAACUUAUAUUUUUAUUUUCGAGAUUUUUUGCUAAAAUACUCCCCUGUAUAUUCUGAAGAUAUUUCCGGUCUCAAAUUUGGUUACACUAACAUCUCCAAAGAAUGCCGCGGCCAAACAGCCCAAAAACCCCCUAAAAUGACCGUAAUCCCGGAUUUUCUCAAAAACUUAUAUUUUUAUUUUUGCGAUUUUUUGCUACAAUACUCCCCUGUAUAUUCUGAACAUAUUUCCGGUCUCAAAUUUGGUUACACUAGCAUCUCCAAAGAAUGCCGCGACCAAACAGCCCAAAAACCCUCCAAAAUGACCGUAAUCCCGGAUUUUCUCAAAAACUUAUAUUUUUAUUUUCGCGAUUUUUUGCUAAAAUACUCCUCUAUCCAUUCUGAGUGAAUUUCCAGUCUCAAAUUUGGUUACACUAGCAUCUCCAAAGAAUGCCGCGACCAAACAGCCCAAAAACCCUCCAAAAUGACCGUAAUCCCGGAUUUUCUCAAAAACUUAUAUUUUUAUUUUCGCGAUUUUUUGCUAAAAUACUCCUCUAUCCAUUCUGAGUGAAUUUCCAGUCUCAAAUCUGUUUACACUAGCAUCUCCAAAGAAUGCCGCGGCCAAACAGCGAAAAAAGCGGAUACGGCUACCGUAAUCUCCCUUUAUUUCAAGAAUUGAUAGUACUAUAACCUUGAUUUUUUGAUUUUUACGUUGUACACACAUUUCUCAAUGGGAUAGCUGGUCUAAAUGCGUCAUUUGAAAAAAAUGGUUAGCGAAAUUGACAAAAGUUAGAAACUACAGUAACCAUCGUAUAAAGCCUGAAAUAAAGCCUCAAAUAUUUAUUUCUUGAUCUGAAAAUAUUUUUCUCAGGCUAGUCUAUUAAUGGGUGAGGCGUGGCAAUGAAUGGUACCGUUUGAGAAUUCAUCAUCUCCAUUUUGGUCUUACAGUAACCGAACAUAGCAACUUUGAACGCGUAUAUCUCAAAAACUUAUAUUUUUAUUUUGGAUUUUUUGGUCUUAUUUUACGGAGAGUGUGUCCAACCUUUAUAAUCAAGCUUAAAAACUGGUUACACUUUUCCCAAUUUUUGGCAGUAAUCGAUAUGGUAUGUUGAGGGUUACGGUACUACCAAAAGAUGAAGAGAUACAAAAAACAUUUCAAUUAGGAAAAUGUUGGCCGUGGUCGAAAACAGUCACACAAAAAGUUUUGGACUCAUAGAACCAUCACCCGGCCCACAACUAACGCCACUUUAUAAAAUACAAAAUGUUACAGUAAUCCCGGAAUGGAUGAAAUUUCGCGAAACCCUUCUUCGCUUUUCAUCAGCAUGCCCAGGCCCUUCUACAGGCCUAGUUUCAAGAAAUUUGGUGAUGGUCGUUGCAACAAUGUCCGGGCCCCUUGGAGGGAAGCUUCAAUUUGUAAAAAACUCUGUUUUAAAUCUUCGCUUGCGAGCUUCUCUACUUCCUUUCAAGCUCCAGGUAAUAUUUAAAUUGGUUCUUUCAGCUCGCUGGUUGCCUCAAUUUUCGAGACCACCUACGCUCGAGAAGCGUUCCCGUGCUUCGACGACCCAUGGUUCAAGUCCUCCUUCACGCUCUCCCUGAUCCAUCCAAAAGGAGCGAAAGCCUACGGCAACGAAGAGAUCGCUGAGCAAAGAUACUUUGAGUAGGGGAACAUACGUCGAUUUUUGGCAUUGACAAUUUUUUUCAGCGAACAACGAGUCCUCACUCGUUUCAAGCCCACCGUUCAAGUUUCGUCGUAUUUGAUCGCGUUUGCCGUUGGUGACUUUGUCGAGAGCAAUUUUACCUCCAAAAGCGGAGUUCUCGUAAGCCUUGCAACGCUUAUCUUUUAUAGUAUUUAUAGUGUUAGUCUGCCGGGAAAAUAAUGACCAGAAUGUCGCUGUGCCGAUCGCGUCGCUGAACUGAAAAGCAAUUUGAUUUUACAAUUAAUUUGACGCGAUUUUCGAUGCAGUAGAAUGGUCAUUAUUUUCCCGACAGACUGUUAAAUGUGUAUAUUUCAGAACCGCGCUAUCGCCGUCAGAGCAUUCGACGGAUUCACCCAAGACUCGGCGCUUGUCGGCGCCCAAUGUGUGGAUGCCAUGGAGAGCCUGGUCAAGUUCAACUACCCGUUGAAGAAGCUGGGUAAGGCUUCUGUUUAGAAUUGGGAAAAUGGCAGUUCUGUAGCCGAAAACUGAGAUCCCAAAUGGCUGAAAUUUGUUGAAACGUAGCGAUUUUCUUUACUUUCAGACCACUUGGAUACCGUUGUCUUUGCUGCCGGAGGAAUGGAAAACUUUGGGUUGAUCAUCUACGGAGGCUACGUUCCCAACAGAAUUGGGCAAACCGCUGCGGAAGAAGUCGGACGCAAGAGGGUUAUCUGCCACGAAACUGCCCAUCAGUGGUAAGUAACAGUACCAUUGGUACCAUAAAGUCCCGGCAACUGGCCUUGUUUGUCUUUCGGAAAUUUUGAACCUGCCGCGUUCCCCGUUUUUGCACUGGCGACAUGCAGUUACUUCAGGCGUUAGUAGUAACAGUCUGUCGGGAAAAUGGUGGAGCAAUGUCGCUGCACCAAUCGUAUAGGUGAAGUGGAAAGCAAUUUGAUUUUUUCGCGACAAAAUUCAUUUUCUCGGCAGCGAGUCGAUUUCGAUGCGUUAGGGUGCUCAUUAUUUUCCCGAUAGACUGAUAAUUAAAAAUUUACGGCCCUUCCUAAAGGGGUUCGGCGAUUUACCGAAAGCUUAUAUCUAUUUGCUUCAGGUUCGGCGACGUUGUCACAGCGGACCGAUGGGGCUGGGAAUUCCUCCACGAAUCCUUCGCCACCUACUUCGAGAUCCAUGCGUUGGGGCAAGUCGAGAAGUUCAGCUACCUUUCCGUAAGUUUAUAAGUCUAUUUGCAUCAACAAUCACCUCAUUCCCACCUCUUUACCUUCAACGCAACUUUAGGAGUCCGCUCUUGCUCAAACCGUUCAAAGCGCCAUCUCCUACUACUCUUAUGCCAGUCAUCCGAUCGUUGACAAUGUCAGUCACUUCGACGGUAGGUCAUAAUCAUCUCUGAAGUAGCAUUAUUUACCAAGGCAUUACCUACAACGUCGGCGGAGGCCUUUUGAACUCGAUUCGCCAUGUUCUCACCGACGAGGUCUUCUACGAGGGUUUGAAGAUCUACCAGCAUGAGAACGCCUUCAAGAAUGCUGGCUUGGACACAUUGCUGCAGAGCUUCGUCAAGGUAAGAGUCGUUUUUUGGGAUCAAGACAAAAUCGAGCGAUACGAAGCGUAGGGCAGGUGGAUACCAAAAAACAAGGUUGUAGGAAGUGCCUACAAAGCCUAGCAAAGUCGUUGGACGCUCGACAAAGGCUCGGCGGAGACUUGGCGAAGACUUGCAGGAUUUCCACCUUUUCGAAUUUUAGCGAUUACUAACGUUAGUUUUCUUUAUCCUGAGUUAUUGUAACCCGACCAAUCUUAUUAUUUCUACUAACUAAGCCUUUUCCUAGCCCUGCAUACAGCGACGAACCCACGCGAUUCAUAGAAUCGUUGACCCGGAAAGUUGUAGCGCCGUCGCUCGCACUCUGCCUUUUUGUCACACAGUGCUAAUGACUUUGCUUUUCGCACCGUCCAAUAGAUUUUGUUUGGUGUAAUUUAUCACCAAAAUGACGUUUCAGGCCAGAAAGAGCGACAUCCUUUGCGGCGAUCUCACCUUCACCGAGCACGCCAAGGAUUACUUCUUACGAACCGGUGUUCCCACUGUCGACGUCCUCAAGAAGGACGGUCGAUUCCAAAUCACUCAAACCAGCAGCAAACCCUACAAAUGGAAUGUGCCCGUCUUCGUGCUGGAUCUGGACACGGACAAAGAGCAUGUGAUCUGGCUGCUGAAGGACGGCAAGACCUGCUCUCCCGACAACUUUGAGCUCAAGGACGAUGGGAAUUACGUCUUCAACAACGACGCAAAGGCAUUCGCAACCUUUAGAAUCCACAAUGACAUUCAUUUCAACGCCGUUGCGCAUGACAAAUUCCCUCAUCUUUCGCUGCACAACCAUUACUACAUAAUGCAGUCUGUGUCGAGGGUGAAACAGGGCGAGCAACUGGCUGAAAUCGUCUACAACGCCGCGAAAAAAACGAAGGGAAAUGUGCACUACAGCUUGUUGAGAUACUUGCCGUAUAAUAGUAAAUAUUACAAAGACAUUCUGACCAUCAUCAGCGAUAACUUUGACUACGAGCCCACUGGAAAGAACAGGUAAGAUGAGGAGUCAUAAAGAGGAGUUUUUAAUGUGUUUUAGAGUGAUCGGAGGCUACUUCCUCGACAACGCGGUCCGAGCCGGCAUUCCGAGCGCCGUAAAGAAGACCACCGAGCUUUUCGAGCAGUUCAAGGAGGAUUGUGCGCCCGAAAGGGAACUUGUCGACUGCCCACAGUAAGCGCCGGCUGCUCUAUGCUCUCUACCCACUAUAUCGGUCUGUUUUCAGACUGAUAUCGUGUAUGGAGAGCUGUCUGCUCUUCAGCCAAUAAAAAAAUCGAUUUUCAGACUUGUCCCCGAAUUCCGACAAGCCGUUUAUCGUCAAGGAGUCACCACCGCCGAAGGCAGAGCAUUCAUCGACAAGUACCGACAGCGCCUCACUUCGCACAAAUGGCACGCCCGAAUGCGAAGCGAGAUCGACCGCGCGAACUUCUAG